AUGUUGCAUNCAACUAUUCUUUGUCUUUAUACUGGAUUAGUUGAACGAACAACUACCAUAACAAUUUCAAAUUCUUCUCUGUUAACUGAUACAAGUCUUCAAGAAUCUUAUUUUGAUACACUGGAGUGUCCUUGUUCUCAUUUAUCUAUACCUUACAAUGAAUUUAUUAUAUUUAUGAAUGCAACAUUUCAUCCUAUUUGCACCAAGAAGAACUUCACAAGCAUAUGGUUUCAAUAUUUUUCUCCCUACCAACAAACUUCGAUAUGGUGGCUUCAGACCGAUGAUUUCCGACAUUGGUCUAUUCUAUUCUUUAAUUUUUUACAAAAGUAUUGUGAACUAGCAAGCUCAACUGUCUUUAAUGCUAUGGAACAAUUUAAUUUAGAACUAUUUGUUUCAUCUGAAGUUAUGUCUCCUAUUCUAUUUGAGACUAAAAUACACACAACAAUACAAUUAUUUCAAAAGUCAACUGCAAUCUUAUUUUUUAGUCAACUGCAAAUGUUUCAUGGAAUUACUGAAGGAAACGGUUUUAUAUCGACUGUGGGAAUCAACAUGAAUUUUCAAGUAGAUCGAAUUGCUCUGAAUGCUCCUAUUCUUAUUAAACCAAAAACUUAUAGUGAUGGAACUUGUUCAUGUGGAACUUCAAUUAAUUGUGUAGAAUUGGCAAGUUUCUACAAUAUCACUCAUCAUAAAGUUUACACUAUCGAAAAUAUCUAUACUGGAUGUUAUCUACUUGAAUCGAUUCUUCACUCAUCACUCUCUUGUUUUUUCUCCAAUUUAUGUAGGAUUGACUUGAUGCAAGCGACGAAUCUUGGAAAUCCAAAUACACAGGAGUUAGGAUAUGUCAUUGAUAUUCCACCACUUGAGUUUUCAUCAGCAAAUUCAAAUUUUAAAAUCAAUGAUACAAUCAAACCAAUUGCCUCUCAGUUAUUUAUUGAUUUCUGGUCUAGCGAAAUAUCUUAUGAACGAUAUUAUAAUGCAUGUGAACCAACACAUUGUACUUAUUUGUAUGCAAGACGCUUCGAUGUUCUUUAUGCAUUAACAGUCUUCUUGUCUGUUAUCAAUGGACUUUCAGUUGGGCUUCGUUCUAUUGUUCCAACUAUGGUUCAAUUAGUAUACAAGCUACGAAAUCGUUUCUGCAGUUAA